UCGCCAAUCCACUGAAUUAAUGUCGAAACUCGAACUGAUAUAUCAGCAGCUGUGUUCUCUCCCGGCUUCCGAGCUUCUCUCGAUCCAUCCGAACGACCUGGCAGCUUCCGGCUUUCAGCUUCCUGGAAGUUGGAAGGGUUGGUGGGAAUGGGCUACAUCAAUAGACGAUGAACAUACACCAUGCUUCCCAAGGUGGAUGUCGAUUCUCCAUUACUAUUCUGUGACGUCCGAUGACCAGCGGACGGGGAACCAAGUUCCGAGUAAUAAAUCUUCGAUCCCGCCCGAUUUGAAAAUGCUCAUCGAUGACAUUGUCUGCAUCCAGUUGAAUAGAGAUCUUGUUGCCAUUGGGAACACCUCCGAGUCGGGGAAUGCUCAUCGAUCGUACGGCAUGUCACCAAAGAAAGAGCACGAGGUCUCCAGAAUGUCAGAAUAUAUCGACCGACUUUUAUGCCCAGGUUUUGCAGAUACACUACAUCAUGUUGUUGAUGUGGGUUCAGGACAAGGAUAUUUGUCUCGUGCACUUCAAAAUUUGGGUAUCCACGUGUUAGCUCUUGAUUCCAAUGAAAUCCAGACCUCUGGGGCUGAACGCUGGAAAGCAAAAGAAGCGGCAAGAAUGCAGAAGCAGCUUAAAAUGGGAAAGGACACCCAGGUGCCCGACUCACAUCAUCACUUCAACGAUCCCCUUUUCCAAUCGCACGUGGCAACCUCUGUGCCUUCGGCUUCCACUGCCAGCAAAAACAUAAUACACAGCCAUAUGGGUUCUCUUACCCAUCAGACCACCUGCAUUAAUCCCCGUACACUUGAAUCGUCAAUUCAUAAUUGGCUUUUCUCCGGUGAAGACAACCAAAUCGCUGGUUGUACUAGUAUGAUCGGAGAUUUACUUGUCGAUGGGACUGAGCAACGCACACCUGAGGAGAAACCGGUCCCUGUGAUGAUGGUUGCCCUUCACGCUUGCGGAUCGCUUACGCCUGAUGUCCUUCGCGCAUUCUUGUCUAAUCACCGUAGACCCUCAGCCCCCGAUGUUCGCAUUUGGACGGCACAGGCACUCGUCGUGGUAGGAUGCUGUUACAACUUGAUGGCGCUUGAGGAUUUUCCGUUGUCACGGUCGCUCCGUGAGCGAACCCCAGUAGCAACACUUCCCCUUACCUCUCGUCACCUGGCUGCGCAGAUACCAUGUCAAUGGCUCCGCAAUGAAACGUCUGCCCGGAAAACAUCUCUGGCGAUACGCAAGGUCGUUUUUCGAGCCCUCCUUCAGCCCGUCCUUGGACUAAUAGGUGCACGAGAAGCCUCCGCGAAUCACACUGCAACUCCUUCGUCAUAUAAUGUCGAAGAGCUCCGCGGCGCAGGUCAGACACCAGAAAAUAGGCGGUUGGGAAAGCUCCCUGAUGCUGCGUACAAGGACUGGGAAACAUUCCUUCCCGUUUAUAUUCAUGACAAGCAUAGACGAAGGCAGCUGGAAAGUGCUUUGUCAGUAUUGCACGUGUUGAGGUGCAUCAUGGGACCUCUGAUAGAAUCCCUCAUCCUCCUUGAUAGGCAUGAGUGGAUUCGGGAAGAGUUGAGUCAGAGUAGUGAAGCACAGGAAUCAAGCGUAAUGGACGUUGGCCUGGUAAACCUGUUUGACCAGGCAACAGGAAGUGGAAGGAACGUAGCUAUUGUUAUCAAGCCUCGUGAAUGGCCCAAUAUGAUUUAAACAUUGCUUGAGCCAGUCAGAAGACACAUUCAGUCUUUUCUGUACAUCACAGU